UCCACCACUCACGAAUACGUUACUGGGCGCACGUAACGGUGUUGUCACUUGACAAGUUGCAGUAAAAGCCAACUUAAAAGGUUGUGUCAAGCUUUUUUUAAGCACUUGUGGUCUUAUCAUUACACGGAAUAAACCUUUACGCGGAUCCUUGCGUAGAUUUUAGGUGUUAAUAACAAUGGACAACGGUGCUGAAGGGAAGACAGGUGAAUCAGAGCCAGUUCCUCAUACGCAGCAGCAGCUGUGCCGCUUCUUCUCUCAAGGAAGAUACUGCAGUUUUGGGAAGAAAUGUAAAUUUCUACAUGUAAGAGAUGACGCCAGUGCACAUGAGAAGAAAACAAUCAGCACACCCAGCCAGUCAGGCGUCACACCUCCAGACUCACUGGACCCAGGAGGAAAUGUGGGCCACAGGCCUCCUGUAGCUAAUAAUACCAGGGCUGCCCCAGCAGCAGGCCGCCGCCCCUGUCGCUACUUUAUGUCAGGCCACUGCACCAUGGAGGACAGAUGUCGCUUCUGGCAUCCACCACAGUAUCCCUCAGUGGAUGACCAGUCUGUUUCUGGCAAUCAAAUAGGACCCACUCAGAAAAUGCCACCAGUAACCUUCCCCAGCAUGUUCAAGGAGGUCAAGCUGUGUGAUCUGACAGAGGAUGUCGCCAAGCAGCUACGAGACACAGAGAUCAAGCAGCUGAAGAAGCGUUUUCCCAAAGAUCAGCUGAUUAUUCAGGAACGAAGCGAUGGCAAAGUUACUUAUUACAGGGUGACUGUAGAGGCCACUGAUCCAGACUGGCCUUUUGAUCUAAAGGAAAUUGACAUCAUGGUGAGCUUCCCAGACAACUACCCGCAGGAGAUUUUCACUUUGGAUAUACCAUUGGAUCAAGAUCUGCCACCAGUAAUGGCAAGACAUGUACAACAAGCAUCUCUGGAGUGGCUUAAUGCUAAGCAUGCAACCAGUCAUCUUCUGGGAAAGGUAGAGCUGCUCUUCCGGCCUUUCCUUCGCUGGCUCGAUCGCAGUUUAGAGAGACUGUUCACUGAAGGAGCCAGGCAGUUGAAAAAAGACAUUGACUUAGAAAAGGCUGGACUGCAGUUUAUAUCAUACCAGGAGCUACAGGCAACAGUUUGUGAAAAGUCAGAGAAUGAUCACCCUGCUGACCCUGACUCUGACGCCACUGCGGCACCAGAUGUGGAUGAGGAUGACGAUAAUGGCGGAAAACUGGGAAAGGCAGGAGACGAGAGGUCAGUGGAGGGAGGAGAGCUUUCGUAUCCAGGCUGUGAUGAGGAAGAAGCUAGUCACCUGGUGGAGAACAUUAAGAUCAGUGAUCCCCGUAGAGGUACAGAGGUGAAGAUGCUGGGACUGAGGCUGGGAGAGAAUACUGCCACCGUAGUCGCCCAACGGAUUACGGUUUGUCUUCAGUGUAAUAGGUGUAAGAUAACUGCAGACCUGACACUCACUGGAAGGACAGCCUGCACAGCUCAGUGUGAAAAGUGCAGUGCAAGCAUCAAUGCUGCAUUCAGGCCCUGCAUGCUGCACCAUUACAGUGAUGUCCUGGGAUACCUGGACCUCCACAACGCUACGCCUGCUGACCUCGUGCUUCUGGACUGUGAACUCAUUGUGGGCUGCCUCCAGUGCUCCCAGGAGUGUCCUGUGCAGAACCUUUCCUAUGGACAGACAAAGGAGGUUAAUUGUGAGCACUGCCACAGCAAACUCAGCAUCUUGGCUGACAGCACCAGAUUCCAGUAUAUUCAGCCACGUGCCAACAAAACAGUUUCAAGUACUGUAAACUAUAAGACAAGAAGAGACCCUGCUGUGCAAAAGGGGAAACCGCUGCCGGAAAAAGGAACAUGCAAACAUUACAAACAAAGCCAUCGCUGGCUAAGGUUUCCCUGCUGUGGCCGAGCUUAUCCCUGCGAUGCGUGCCACGAUGAGGACCAGGACCACCCCAUGGAACUCGCCACCAGGAUGAUCUGUGGCUACUGUGCCAAAGAACAGCCAUACAGCAAUGGAAAGCCUUGCAUCAGCUGUGGCAGCAUGAUGACGAGAGGCACACGCACCAGCCACUGGGAGGGAGGACUGGGAUGCAGAAGCAAAGUCAAAAUGAGCAGAAACGAUCGACAAAAAUAUAGCAACACCAACAAAACAGUCUCAAGGAAGGCGGCCAGUGAAAAGAAGUAGUUGGUGAAGAAGAGCUUUACAAUUUGCAUCUCGUAUUGCAUUCAUUUGUGAACAGAUAUUAUGAUACACGAAUCAUGGUUUCAAUGAAAUUGCCUAUUUCCCCAAUAAAUCAUACUGCUAUGAUCA